ACCCCCACUUUAUUGCCUUUUUCAUGUUGUACGCUAUCAUUUCGAGAUCAAGCCGCUGCCAGGAGAAUAAAAUACUCUCUCCUCCCCCACACACCCCCUACCUCUCAUCACAAACGCAAGAGAGACCAGACCACCACCACGCAGACAGAACAACAGAAGAGGUAGAGGGAGAAGAGCUGGUAGUACGAGAGCGUACUGAAUGAUGAGUCCUUGGACUCUACAAUCAAGCGCUCUCUGAAAGGCCAUAGGACAAGACGUGUCGGGAGGAGGAGGAAGAAGAAGAAGAAGAAGAAGCAGCAGCCGGACCAGCAACCGUCGCCAUUCCUGGUCGCAUGCUUUUGCUGUUAUGAGGAGUUGGUUUAGAUGAGAGGAAUGCUCUUUGCUGGUAGCGCACGAGAAGGGCACGCGGGGACACUGCUGCAGCAGCAACAGCAACGACAGGGGCUCGCCGCCGGCAAAGUCUCCGGCGCCGGCGACCUCUGGGAGCCCACCUCGGUGCUUGACCACCGACACAGCCCGAGCCCGAGCCCUCCGACCUCGGUUUCCACGCUGUCGUCGCCCCUGGGCGCCGCGACCGCCGGUGUGGCGGCCCUCGCCGGUGCCAACGCCAAGAACGUCUCCCCGCCGCCGGUGGCGGCGGCAUGGCCAGGGGGAGGGCCCGGGGAGGAGGCCGUGGCGGGCGGCAAGGAGGAGUGGCAGCUCACGCCGCUCGACAUGGGCCUUAGCGCCGGCGAAGGGUGGGACGCCGCCGGCGCCGUCCUGUCCGAUGGCGCCGCGCCGCCGGGACUCGCCCCCGACCACACCUUCCUCAGGUGGAUCAUUGGCGGCGAGGACGCGUCUGCGGCCAUGGGGUCUGUCAUGGACCCGCCGGUCCUUGAGCUGGACCACGCGCCGUCCAUGAUGUCGCCGGCGUUCGGGGCCAGCAUGCCGUUCGCGCCGGCCAUGGAGGACGUCAAGGCGGUGCCUUUCGGCCACACGCCCAACUUCCUGGUCCACCAUCACCAGCACCACCCCCAGCCACACGCCGCCUUCUUCGGCUCGCACUCCCACGCAUCCCUCGACGCGGCGCCGCAGCCGAAGCGACCCCACCCCAUGGCCGGCGCGCCGGCGCCAAAGCUGCCAUCUUUCCCUGGGCCCGUCGCCCAGCCGGGCGGGUUCGCGCCCGCUUUGAAGCCCAAGGCGGAGGCAGCUAACGACGAGGCGACCGCUGCGGUGGACCAGCUUGCCGAGGCGGCCAAGCUUGCCGAGGCUGGCGACGCCUUCGGCGCCCGCGAGAUAUUGGCGCGGCUCAAUUAUCGGCUCCCCGCCGUCCCAACGGCCGGGACGCCGCUGCUCCGCUCGGCCUUCUACUUCAAGGAGGCCCUGCGCGUGGCGCUCUCCCCAACCGGCGAGGCCCCGGCGGCCCCGGUCUCCACGCCGUACGACGUGGUCCUCAAGCUCGGGGCGUACAAGGCCUUCUCGGAGGUCUCCCCCGUGCUCCAGUUCGCGCACCUGACCUGCGUGCAGGCGGUGUUGGACGAGCUCGGCGGCGCCAGCCGCAUCCACGUGCUCGACUUCGACAUUGGCAUGGGCGAGCAGUGGGCGUCGCUGAUGCAGGAGCUCGCGCAGCGCUGCCCCGCGGCGACGCUCAAGGUGACCGCAUUGGUGACAUCGGCGUCGCACCACCCGCUGGAGCUGAACCUGAUCCACGAGAACCUCUCCGGCUUCGCCCGCGAGCUGGGCGUCUUCCUCCAGUUCGCGGUGUUCAACAUCGACACCCUGGACCCCGCGGAGCUGGUGGCCAUCACCAGCGGCGACGCCGUGGCCGUGCACCUCCCCGUCGGGUCGGCCCACGUGGCCGCAAUGCCGGCCGUGCUCCGCCUCGUGAAGCGGCUCGGCGCCAAGGUGGUGGUCUCCGUGGACCACGGCUGCGACCGCACGGAGCUGCCGUUCGCCACGCACCUGUUCCAGGCGUUCCAGUCGUGCGUGUCCCUGCUCGACUCCGUCGACGCCGUGGGCGCGGACGCGGAGGCGGUGGCCAGGAUCGAGCGGUUCCUGGUCCAGCCCGACGUGGAGCUGCGCGUGGUGUCGCGCCACCGCGCGUCGGCGCCGCCGCCGGCGUGGCGGACCGUGUUCGCGUCGGCGGGGUUCGUGCCGGUGCAGGCCAGCACGUUCGCCGAGUCGCAGGCCGAGGCCCUCCUCAAGAGGAUGGCGCUCAUGGGGUUCCGCGUGGAGAAGCGCGGCGGCGCGCUCUGCCUCUACUGGCAGCGCGGCGAGCUGGUGUCCGUGUCGGCGUGGCGGUGCUGACCGCCGGCCGGCCACCGUCGGCCAGCCAACCGUGAAAAUUCCUACCACAAGCCCGGUUUAGCUAGGACUAAUGAUCCUACUGCGAGCAAAAAAAUACUUUUCACCGUCGUCGUUGUAAUGAUCUCAUCUGAUCUGGUCGUCUGCUUAUUAGUAGUAUGCUAUGUCCUAGUACCUUUUAAUCGGAGUAAAAAGCCGUCCGUUGCCUGGCUUGCAGCCCCGGUCCGCUCUGCUCAUGUUGAUUUGCAGAGUAGAUUGUGGUUUGCAUGUUGUAAAACGUAGGCGUGGUGCAGAGUAACCAGCGCAUUCUACCGCCCGUGUUGCUACUCUCUUUUUAUUGCUGUGAAAUCAAUCAAUGGUUAUGGCGUUUUGAAA